GAACUGGUAUUAUCCUUUUUUUGAAUAGAAAAUUUAAAACACGGGACCUUUAGUUCCAAAAUUGAGGUCCAGAAUUUUAUUCAUUCCUAAUUGUAAAGGCCGAGAAGAAUCAGUUGAUUGACGUUCCAAGAAGUGAUGAACCAGUUACAUCCUUAUACUAUGUCGGUAGGUCCUACUGCUACCGACCGGCAGUGAUCUGAGCAAAGUUGUAAAACUCUGUCAUGAGCUUGAAUUUUGGCUCUCUUGCCUCACUCCUCAGUUGAACUCUCUACGUAACCUCAAAAAAUGAGCAGCGCUUUAAAAGAAAAUAGAGAAGAUGAAGAAGAUGUUUUCACUAAGGCAGCAGAAGCUGCGGACGAGCUCUAUAAGAUUCGAGAGAGUUUUUACCCAGUAAACCCUGAUGAGAAAACAACCAUUUUGCAGACCAAAUCCGAUCUUGCCCUCCAACUGCUCGAUGAAAUACCUCAUGAGAGAAGAAAAUUACCUAUGCAACGAGCUAUGUAUGAAUUCUUGUGGGGGAAAGUAUUGGACGUGUUUCCUUAUUAUAGAAAGGAAGCAGAAGAGCACCUAUCAAAAGCUGUAAAGUUGAACCCUUCUCUUGCAGAUGCUUGGCUAUGCUUGAGUAACUGCAUAUGGAAGAAAGGAGAUUUGCCUUCAGUCAAGAACUGUUUGAUGCUUGGCUUGAGCAAGGGACCAAAUAAAAGAAUACUUUGUCAACUCUCAAUGCUAGAAAGGAAAAUGGCUCAAGGUGCUGAAGAUCUGGAAGGAAUUAUUGAAGAGAGUGUUAAGCAUGCCAAAGAAGCUACCACUCUAGAUGUCAAGGAUGGAUAUUCGUGGUAUAAUUUGGGUAAUGCAUAUCACACAUCAUUUUUUGUGUCUGGAGCUUGGGAUCACAGGAAACUCCUACAGUCAUUGAAAGCUUACCAGAAUGCUGAGAGAGACCAACGAAUGACAAGUUAUCCAGACCUAUAUUUUAACUGUGCUACUCUAAACAAAUAUCUUGAGAAUUAUGAGAAAGCCCUUGCUGGAUUUGAAGCUGCCACAUUGAAGGAUCCUGGUUUAAAUGCAACAGAGGAGGUCCAAAAGGUGCUUUACCUUCUUGACAAAUUGGAUAGUUUGCUAAAGGGGCAGAGUAAGUCCAAGCAUCUAUCUUCACUCGCAUCUUCACUCAAUAACAUUAGUGUGAGUCCUUCAUAUAGAAAGACAACCAUAGAUGUUCUCUCAGAAGGUCUUAACAAAGGGGUGGUAUUGUUCGGGAAAGUCUUGCUUUUUGUUAAGCAUGGGACAUCAACUCCACUUUAUUAUGUUCUAUGUGAUUCCACUGAAGUGUGCUAUGUUCUAUCUGUCUAUGGGGUACAAAAUGAGGCUAUUAAAGAAAGGGAUAUAGUGACACUGUUUCAACCCUACUAUCACAAUGUUGAUUUUUCAUGGAAAGGAAAGCAUUACCAUUUCAAGUCAGUGCGAGCAAAUUUCUCAGAGCAAUUGCUCGUGAAUGGGAAAGCUUUGUCCCCCAAAUAUGCAGCUGGAUCUUCCUUUUGUUUACAAUACAAGUCCUUUUGAAGGUUGAAGGUGCAUGCACUCUUUUGCUGUGUACAUGAGUUACAACACCUGCAACAUACUUGAGAUUCUUUUUUUGGACUUUAGUUGUUUAGAUGAAUAUGUGAAAUUGUGACUGGAUCAUUAAAAAGAAAAAUUGAGAGCCAUUCAGUCUUUCUGUAAUUAAAUUAAUUUGUGCCAUUUUGUCCUUGUCCAAGAGUAUUUUAGUCCAAUAGGUGUUUGUUUGGUAAUAUGCAUAAAUGCAACAUGUAAGUAGAAAGGACGUAGAACUCCAUUAGAUGUGUUUGUGUUUGAGACUUGAGAGGACGUAGAACCAGUUUGCUGAGAACCAAUUAUAGGAGAAAUAGUAUGAGAAUACUUUAUGAGGAAGAGUGUGUUGUUCACCAUUACAACACUGGUAUUUAUCAACUUCAAUUCUCGUUUGAUAAA